AAAAACUCAAAUAUAUAAUAAAGAAGUAGGUGCAUACAUACAUACAUACUUAUUUUGGUGAUUCAAUUAUUGAGUGUUAAUGAAGUGACUAAACGUGCAUUACAUUGAAGCAGCCACAAGCACAACCACAACCAUACCUAUUUGCAGAUAAAAUAGUGGGCUUGUGUUUUAUUUGCAUAUCAUUAAAUUAUAAAUACAACAACAAUUCUGUGGAAAUUUUGGCAGCAAAUUUUUGUGAAACGGAAAAGUGCAAUGAACCACAAGCGUGUUAAUUGAAUAGAGCACACCAUUAAAAAAUUAAAAGUGAUCAAGGAGCUAAAAGUUUAUAUCUCAUUAAAAUUGUAUUAUAAAAAACAAUUAGGAAAAAAAUUAAACCAACAUUUUGCAAAUCCAGAAGAGAUUUUCCUGCAAAAAAAAACAUGUGCAAAUAUAUGAGUAUUUAUGUAAUUUAAAUUAAAAUUGAAUAAUUCAGUGACAAAACAUUACAGACACAUACACACAAAAAAGGCCAAAGCUAAAAGCAAGACAAAUCAGCAAUCUGCCACAGUUGCAGCAACAGCAAAACAAAAAAAUAAUUAAGUGGAAAUAAAUUGUGGUUUGCCUUGCAACAGACAAGAGAAGCAGAAGCACCAGCGGCGACGGCGACGGCAGCCAACUAACAACAAAUUGCAAUUGCAGUGAUCUAUCAAAACAACAAACACGUAAAAAACCAAACGUUACAACGCAGGCAAGAACACACACGCGGCAGCCAAGUGGUUGAACAAGUUUUUCUGCGCUCUUAAAUAGAUGUGUAACACUCUUGAGUUAAAUGUACACGUAAAAGGUGCACAAUACAAAGCUAAAAAUAACAACAAUAAAAAAAUAGAAAUCUCAAAGUAUAAGAAAUGAUAAGUAAUUUGCAAGAAAAAAACUAAACAGUAAGUCUAGAAAAAACUGGCAUAUCGUUUUUGAAAGACACUUAAGUUGCCCUUAGCAAACACAUUCACACGUACAAACAAUAGCAGUGGCGAAAAUUUUCUCAAAACUUACAACAAGUCCACUCAAAAGGGUGAAGUCUGUGACUUGGUGGCAAAUUACCACACGCUACGUUACUCAACUCCAGUUUCACCACACUUAACGCGACGCCAUUCACCACACAGCGCACAAGCGUAGCACAGCGGUAGAGCAAAAAUAUUGUGCGAGAAAUUCAAUUAAAAGCCAAAGCGAGUAAGAAGUGGACACAACAACAAAGCAAUAAACAAACUUCAAGCGAGCGAGAAACUCUUACGAAGGUGAAGCAACAACACUUGUGGUUGUUAUUGUAUAUUAAUCUACACGGAAUUAAAGGAAAGGCGCGCAACAAAAGUAACAGCAACAAGUAAAAGCAAAAUGACCUUGCCGACAACAACAACAGUGAACGGUUGCGACGACGAUUCCGAUAUGUUUGGUCCGCCACGUUCCUCGCCCAUCGGCUAUCAUCAUCAUCGCUCGCGUGUGCCCAUGAUAUCGCCAAAGCUGCGUCAACGCGAGGAACGCAAACGCAUAUUGCAAUUGUGUGCGCACAAGUUGGAGCGCAUCAAGGAUUCGGAGACGAAUCUCCGCCGUAGCGUGUGCAUCAAUAAUACGUAUUGUCGUCUAACCGACGAGCUGCGGCGGGAGAAGCAGUCACGCUACCUGGCGAAUUUGCCGAGAUCUGAUAUCAAACCGGAGAGUGCACGCGAUAAUAUUUUUAAUCCAUACAAUAGCUGCGGCAUUGACAACUCCAAUCAUCAGCCAUCGAACAAAUCCGUCUGCAAUGAAGUCAGCAACUCUGCAUCCAACAAUUCUCUCAACCAUCUACGUAGUCACGGCAGCACGGAGUGCAGCAACGGCUGUGAACAGGACUUCAACGGCGAUGAAAAUAAUCUCAACUGCAACAACAGCAACAAACUACACUCGUGCACCAACGCUGACGUCAGCAGAAACAUCUCCACCAACUCCACCGCCAUCACCUCACACGCGACUGCCAACCAUACUACCGCCAACAAUGCCUCUUCCACCGCUUGCACGCACAGUACCACCUUCAACGGCACCACCAACACCGCCACUGUUCAUUCGUCAACCCUUUGCACUUCUGCGGGCCACAGUACACACACACGAAAACGUCAACUCUGUAGCAGCAAUCUCGACAAUGACCUAGAAAUACUCGACCGUGAACUGAGCGCAAUCAAUGCACCAAUGCCACUCAUUGACCCAGAGAUCACACAAGGUGCUGAACAGCUCGAGAAAGCUAUCUCGUCCCGGAAGCGUUUGCUCAGCGAGGACGAAAGCGAUCGUUUAGUGCGCGAAGCACUCUCCCAAUUCUACAUACCGCAGCAGCGUCUCAUUUCCGCCAUCGAAGAUUGCCCACUGGACGUGGUCAGCGUUGGAGCCGGCAUGGGUGUCGGCGUGAGCAUGGGUAUGGGGCCAAUGUCCCCGAGUAAACGUCAAAAGCUCGGUAAUGGCGCUAACGAGCUUGAGCUCGAAUUCGAUCUGAAUCAGAAUCAAAAGGAGUUUGAGGUAAUUAUGGACGCACUGCGUUUGGGCACGCCUAGUCCAACACCGAGUGUGGGCAGCGACUCAUGUGGCCAGGCAGCGAUGAUGAGUGAAUCGGCCAGUGUGUUCCAUAAUCUGGUGGUCACCUCAUUGGAGACAUGAAGGUAUCAGUAAAAGGCAGAAAACUUGCGAGUUGCGCAGGAAUAGGGGACAAGAGAGAGAUUUGAGAUUAGGCGUUGAGCGUAGCGUACAAAAACUAAACAGGUGUUAAAAAUCGUACGCCGCACGCUGACAGUCUUUUCACACUGUGAAUUUAUGCGGGUUGAAUGCAAUUUAUGCAAAUAAAAAGCAUUUUUUUCGAACGCAUUGUUAAGUAAAUUUAAUAUUUAUGUUAGUUAAAGAACAUUCUGAAAUUUAAAAUGACGUUAAAGUGGAGGCGGAAACCUACGUACAUAAUUUACA